CACAGCGGGCCUACUACUGCAUAGUGGCGCUGAAGCUCCCUCCCGUCUAUCCACGGGGCAUACGCACAUAUAAGAGUAGCCCGCGUGACUGCCCAGUGUGGCAUCUUUGUGGCGUUGUCGCCUUGCUGUGCCGGACCGACUGUCGUGCAGUGCAACACCAUCACCAACAACAACUACGAGGCCACCCCCUGAGAUACACCACCCCCCGAGUAACGAGGACAGGCAUGCUUCAGGACCACACUCCCCAACAGGACCAGAAGCGAUUUUCGGGCGCGGCAGCAUCAGAAUGGACGCAGAGUACACUUUAUAGCAACCAGCAAGAGAUAAAAGACCGCUGGGAAUGGAGGGCAUUGGGGCCGCCGCCGCCGCGGGGUUGUGGCGUGACGGGGUGGUGAUGGGGGCGGGCGGCCCGCUCAUGGAGCAGCAGCAGCAGCAGCGUCACCAACAGCAGCACCAGGAAGGCCCUCCUGAGAACGAGACAGCAACAUCAGCAGUACGCCCGCUCGUCGGCAGGAUUCACGGCGGCCAUAGGCGAGCGCCGUCAUCGUCGUCCUCGUCGUCGAGGCUAGACCCCAGCAUCCCGGGGGAAUUGAUGGCCGACGAACUGAACGGCAACCCCAACAGCGCGCUUCAAAGUCAUGGGUUUGAGUUCGCAGGAGGGGUCCCAAGAGGAGGAGGAGCGGCGGCGACAAUGGUAACAGGGGGGUUUCCGGGAGGAGGCGGCGGCAUCAGCACCGAGGAGCUGCUGGACAUGCAGCGUGUUUUGACUGGGGGAGGCGGCGUUGGAGGAGGAGCCGCCGCCGCCGCCGCCGCCAUCAGCGGCCCGCCACUCCGGCCCGGCGAGCAGCAGCAGUUGUACCACCAAGACCACCACCACCAGCGGUAUCGGCAGGAGCAACUGGAAUUGCACAGGCUCCGUCAGCAGCCGGAGCAGCAGCAGGAGCAGGAGCAGCCAGGGCAGCGAGACCCUCCUCGCCUGUACCAGCGACAUCACAACCGCCAUCACCACUACCACCAACACCACCACCGGCGAUCGCGUGAUCGCGACUUUGGCGGCAUCGUCAAGCAGGCGCACCGGCCGCCGCAGCCGCAGCCGCCGCCACAGCGUUCACGCUGCUCCUCACCUGCCACCGUCGCCGCCGCGCCUGCUGCGUCUGCUGCUGCAUCUCCUGUCGUCGCCUCCGUCAGCACCCCCCUGAAUACUGCUACUGGUAAUACCAGCGGCAUCCGCAGAGCCGCCUCGUCGCCGCCCACCUCCUCGUCGCCGCCGCCCUCGGCCACGAGAAGGCUCGCCGAUGGGAGUGCCAGCAGUGCGAGUACCGCCACCACCUCCACCGGCCGGAGCAGUAGAAGCGGCAGCGGCGCCAGCACCAGUACCAACAGCGACGGCACUGGCAUGGCGACGACAAUGACGACGACGACGACACCGGACAGCGGCAACGUCCUCUCCCUUUGGGGUCCCGACCCCGUGCCCCUACCGCUGCGCUUCGCCCGCAUCAAGCGCGCCCUCAUUGCCGGCCACGAGGCCGCCAUCGAGGCCUCGUGGGCGCGCCUGCUCGUCGCCCUGCGCCACGAGGUCGAGCACAUCGAGUGCCUCGGCGCCCAUCUCGUCCCCUCGGUCGAGUUCGCCGACCUGGCCGACCCGGCUCAGACCGCUCGCUUUGGCCGCGACCUGCGCCGCUACGGCGUCGGCGUUGUCCGCAAGGUCUUGCCGCGCGAUGUCGCCGACGAUGCCGUCCGCGACACGGUCCACUACCUGGAAGCCCGCCGCCCGAGGCCGCGACAGCAGCAGCAGCAGCAACGGGACAAGGACAAAGAGGCACCGGCGACCAACGCUCCGGCCCCGGGGCCGACACCCGCAGCAUCAUCGUCUGCACACAGCAGCUUCCGCGCCCCCAGACAGGACCCGACGUGCUUCGACUGCUUCUGGACGCCAGCCCAAGUCCGCGCGAGGGCGCAUCCAAACGUGCGCCGCGCUCAGCGCUUCAUGAUGGGCCUCUGGGAGCCCGACGCCCGGGAGCGCAUCGCGCCCCAUUUGCCUAUCACCUACGCUGACCGCAUUCGUGUCCACGGAGGGGGCUUUGGCUUCGACUCGGACGCCGGGGGCGCAGGCACGCCUCCUGCCGCCCCGUCGGAUCCCGUCACCGCUGGUUUGGAUGCUCAGUUGCAACAGCAGUCGCAAUUCCUCGCACCCCAGUCGGCAGACGACUGGAUAAACGCUCUUCAGUCAUCUGCUGGUAUCAUCGCCCAGGUCGACAAUGGCUCCCUCGAGCGGUGGGAGCCCGACGGCUACGGCCGCGGCGGUGCCUACGACCACGUCUUUGCCGGCCGCUGGGAGGACCACGACCCUUGGGGCGGCGCCGCCCAGCGCGCCAACUCCACCACGGACCUGUACAACGGCUACGGCGCCUGUACCGUCUUUCGCAUGUUCCAGGGCCUGCUCGCCCUCUCCACCAUCGAGCCCGGUACCCUGCGCCUGAUGCCCUCGCCGCGCCUUGCCACCGCCUACUAUCUCCUGCGGCCGUUCUUCGCCCCGCGCACCCCGCCGCCCGAGCUGAGGCACGGCCCGGGCUGGGAAGCAUACCUCGCCCCUGGCAACUGGGAGCUGCAGCGCGAGCCAGACACCACCAUUCACGGCGCCGUUCCGGGACACGCCCAGCGCGUCACGGAGCGGUGGCACCCGCACCUGUGCCUCCGCAGCAGCCUCGUCACCCUGCCGACCCUGCAGCCGGGCGACUACAUCUUUUGGCAUCCGGACCUGCCAUACCACAUCUCGAGCAACGGCAGCGGCAGCAGACCUGGGGGAACCGGAGGAGCUGUGGCAACAGCACCAGCAGCAUCAGCAUCGGCGGGGCCCGCAGGGGGUGGUGCUGGCAGCGUUGCCGACGGUACCGCCGACGACGUGCGCAUGCUCGUCUACAUACCCGCUGCGCCCCUCACUCAGACGGGCGCCCUGUACUUGGCCCGCCAGCGGAGGGCCUUUCAGCGCGGCCACCCGGGCCCGGAUUUCGACUCGUCGGGCCGCAGCGUCGUCGCCGAGGACUAUGAGCAGCGCUCGCUCGAGGACGAGAUGGAGCGGGUGGGCGGCAAGGAGGCGCUGCGGGGCAUGGGGCUGCUGCCCUGGGAGCGGGAGGAGAGCGAGGACGGGGAGGAGGAGGAGGGCGAUGGGCUCACAAGGCUGGCCAAUCUCAUUCUGUUUCCAGAAUAGGUUGACGGAAUGAAAAUGAACGCGGUGAAUAAAGGAGCCAGCCACUGCGUUGAAACCAGAGGAUCUGUCACGGCCCAUGUUGCACAGGUGAAGGAGGGAACGCGGCAAGUCGCGGCCCGGGUUGGGCAACUACUGGUGGUGACUGGUGGGAAGAUGGACCAUGUCACGUACGGCCAACUCGACGCGUAGUGAACCCAAGGUAAUGCGUCCAGUACACAAUACUAGUAGACGGGCAGACUUGUCGAGGUCACACACUGACUGUCGUCAUGACCCCUUCUCGGAUUGGUGCCUAACCACCGUUAAAGGCACAAGAUCAUAGCUAUUGAUGUAGAAAACUAGGC